AGUAGGACGUACGUGCACGGGGCGCGGGACGCGUAAUCAUGCCGCUGAUUCGCAAGGAGGGCAAGGACACGAUCAUAUUCGCGUCCAAGGAGGAUCACGAGGCGCCGAGCAAGGUCGCCCUGCCGGAGCCGGAGCCGAGUCCGGGUCUGCUGCUGGCGAACGGCGAGAUCAACUGGAACUGCCCGUGCCUCGGCGGCAUGGCGACCGGACCCUGCGGCCUGGAGUUCCGGGAGGCCUUCUCCUGCUUCCACUACUCGGCGGCGGAGCCGAAGGGCUCGGACUGCUACGACGCGUUCAAGACCAUGCAGAAGUGCAUGUCGGAAUAUCCGGCGGUGUACGAGAGCAAGGGCGCUUCUAUAGACGACAUGGACGACCUGGAGGAGGACGAGGAGCUGGAGGAGGAGAACGGGCAGCCAGCAUCCGGCGAGGACAAGAGGACGGUGGUGGCGUCUAGUCAGAGCACGACGUUCGACAGGAAGAUCGAGGGUACAGUGAGCGCGUCGAGUGCCACGAAGCACGAGGUGGAGCGAGCUAAGACUAACUGAACACGAUACCUGCGCGCGCUCCGUACACUGCGUCGUUCCGAGGCGACGGCUCCGUGGUGUAGGUAGCACUCGCAGAGUUGCGUUUCUAGUAAAUAAAUAAUGAGACUUAAAGACGCGAGAUUGAAAGUAAUAAGUAAUGAAUAAAUAGUCGUUAAAUAAAAACCUGAGCAGUAUAUGUUACAUACGUGCUACAAGAGUAAGUGAGAAUAAAAAGAGCAAAUGUAGAAUUAA